AUGUGCGUUUCUUGUUGCUUUCAGGAUGAGUGGGGCUCCAGUGACUCCAGUCGGGUCAGAGCUCACAACACUGAUGACAAGGCCCAGAGCGUGGAGACUCUGCCCCCAGUGCCCCUUCCAAAUGGGAGUACGGACACAUCUGCUGGGGCCUUGAUAUGCUUCUUUGUGUGUCCAGGUAAGGUGCGCUGGCAGGACUUUGACCAGGAUCUGUAUGUGGGCGCCACAGUGGUCCGACCGGGGCAGGACCCAUACGCCAAGAACAAGUUCAAUCAGGUGGAAAGCGACAAACUCCGCAUGGACAGAGCCGUGCCCGACACGAGACACGACCACUGCAGACAUAAACAAUGGAGGUCCGACCUGCCAGCCUCCAGUGUUGUCAUCACCUUUCAUAAUGAAGCUCGCUCGGCUCUUCUGCGGACUGUGGUCAGUGUCUUGAAGAAAAGCCCCCCUCACUUGGUCAAAGAGAUCAUUCUGGUUGACGACUACAGUGAUAAUUCGGAGGACGGAGCACUGCUGGGGAAGAUUGAGAAAGUGCGCAUACUAAGAAAUGACCGAAGAGAAGGACUGAUGCGUUCAAGGGUCCGUGGUGCAGAUGCCGCCACAGCACCAGUCCUGACCUUUCUGGACUCUCACUGUGAAUGUAAUGAUCACUGGCUGGAGCCGCUACUAGAGAGAGUGGCUGAGGAUAAGACCAGAGUCGUAUCUCCCAUCAUUGAUGUUAUCAACAUGGACAACUUUCAGUAUGUAGGGGCCUCGGCUGAUCUGAAAGGAGGAUUUGACUGGAAUUUGGUGUUUAAAUGGGACUAUAUGACUCUGGAGCAGAGGCGAGCCAGACAAGGCAACCCUAUUGCCCCCAUCAAGACUCCAAUGAUUGCAGGAGGUCUUUUUGUAAUGGACAAGGAGUAUUUUGAGCUGCUGGGAAAGUACGACAUGAUGAUGGACGUAUGGGGAGGAGAAAACCUGGAGAUCUCGUUUCGUGUGUGGCAGUGUGGCGGCAGCCUUGAGAUCAUCCCGUGCAGCAGAGUUGGCCACGUCUUCAGAAAGCAGCACCCAUACACCUUCCCCGGUGGCAGCGGGACGGUGUUUGCAAGGAACACGAGGAGAGCUGCCGAGGUGUGGAUGGAUGAAUACAAGAACUUCUACUAUGCUGCUGUCCCUUCAGCGAGAAAUGUUCCCUAUGGAAAUAUCCAGAGUCGAUUGGAAAUGAAGAAAAGAUUGAGCUGUAAGCCAUUCAAAUGGUAUUUGGAGAACGUUUACCCUGAACUGAGGGUCCCAGAUCACCAGGACAUUGCCUUUGGAGCCCUGCAGCAGGGAGGAAACUGCCUGGACACUCUGGGGCAUUUCGCUGAUGGGGUUGUGGGCGUCUACGAGUGUCACAACGCCGGGGGAAACCAGGAAUGGGCCCUCACCAAGGAUAAAUCUGUUAAACACAUGGACCUGUGUCUGACUGUGGUGGACCGAACAGCUGGGUCCCUCAUCAAACUACAAGGCUGUCGAGAGAAUGACAGCAGACAGAAAUGGGAGCAGAUCGAGUCCAACUCCAAGCUCCGUCACGUGGGCAGCAACCUCUGCCUGGACAGCCGCAGCUCCAGGCUGGGCGGACUCACGGUGGAGGUCUGCAGCCCGAGCCUCAACCAACAAUGGAAGUUCACCCUCAAUUUACAAUCAUAG